CUUUAUUUUAGUUUUCAUGGAAAAACUAGAGUGUUUCUAUUUUUUUAGUAAAAUAAAAACAAAGCCAAUGCCCAAUUGCCAAUAGGAGGAAUGGAUGCGGAAUUGAAGAUGGAAUAGAUGGAUCAGGACAAAAUGAUAAUGGCUGACAUUUUAAUUAGUUUUUCGCUUUUCUUUAAAUAUCAGUUGUCUUUGUUGUUAUAAGUAUUUACAAGAGAUUAUUUUCUGUUUAUGUUAUUUUGUGGUUGAAGUGAAAAUGACAAUUCUAUCCAAGACUGUCACUGGUGUGUAUGUGUUUAGUAUUUUCCAGGACCAAUUGUGUAUUUUUUAAAAUCCUGUCAAUUUCUGGCCGAUGUUAAGAUGUAAUUCAGAAGGUUCUUCUUUAGAUUCAAUAAAAUUAGUAUCUGACAAUCUCUCAGAGCGAGUUAAACUCGAUUAUACGAAUAGUAUUGAAUAUUAUGGGGACAGUGAUGCAUUGUCUGAAGAGCGAGCAGGAAGUAUCACAACACACAAUUCCAAAUCAAUAUCCAAAAAGAAUAACAAGUUGGGAGGAAAUUGGACUGCCUCUUUAAAAUUACUGGAGACGAAAUCUAAGAUUGUUGGUGACAGUUCCGGAGAUCAGGGCGGCGGUAAAGUGAGGGUCAUGACUGAUAUGACAAUGAACAGUAAUUUAAUGUUUAGAAGUAUGUUUUUCAUGAACGAUGAAGCCACAAGGCACUUCUUAGCUCCACCGCUGCCGCCGAUUCAGCCCUGCGAUAUUCAGUCGGAAUAUUUUCAGAAGAAAUUGAUAUCGCAAGGUUCAAGCACAUCGGGACCUUCUACAGUCACAACUAGCAGUACAAACACAGGGAACAUCAGUGCGCCGAACAGCAACAGUGGACAGCCGAGUGGCAGUACGGGGAGUGGGGAGAAGCAGGUGCAAUCGCUGGUACUGCCGAAGCAGCGGCCCCACAACUGCGAGGAGUGUGGCAAGACGUUCCUGAUGAAGCACCACCUGUCGACGCACAUGAGGGUCCACACUGGCGAGCGCCCACAUGUCUGUCCCGAGUGUGGCAAGAGUUUCGCACUCAAACACUGUCUCAGCACGCACCUGCUGCUGCACACCGCCGAACGUCCCUAUAAGUGUCCUGAGUGCAACAAAUCAUUCACGCUUAAACAUCACUUGGUCAGUCACGAACGUGUACAUACGAGAGAACGUCCGUUUGAGUGUCCGGAGUGUGGACAGAGAUUCCCGCAGAAACGCCAUUUGUCAACUCACAUUAAAUUUCAUUCUGGUGAACGUCCUUUUUCCUGUCAGGUCUGUGGUGAAUCAUUCUCUCGUGAGGAACACUUGGUGAUGCACUCGAGGUUCCACGGAGGACUGAGUCCCUACAACUGUCCAGAUUGUGGUGCCGGUUUCCUGCGAAAGUUUGAACUGGUGAACCACGAGCGUCAGCACGGUCGCAACCCUGAAUCGUGCCCGACAUGUGGCAAGGAGUUCCUGCAGAAACGAACGUUAUUAGUGCAUGUGCGCACCUGUGGCAUGACCUCCUCUUUUCCUACAACACAACAGUCCUCGCCACCGCGGUUCUCGGAGGAGACGUCCCCACGGUUCAAUGACAACACACCACCUCGGUUCAGUGACGGCAGCUCUCCACCGCGGUUCACCAGUGAGAACGGUUCACCCAGGUUCUCGGAGAACGGAAACCAGUUCAGGUUCUCCGAGGGGCAGAUGAGGUAUCCCGACGGUACACCAUCUUCUUCACCGAUGCCAAUGCAAGCUCCUAAGGAUAAAGUUUGCAAAGAGUGUGGAGAAACAUUUGCAAGUGUUGAAGGUCUAGCUCUCCAUCUUCGAUUGCACUUUGGUGACCAUAGUUUCCUAGCGGACAUCUGCAGUCUAGCUGCAUCACUGAAACAAACUGCCGUCAACGUUGCUGCAUCAUUGAAGAAAACACACAUAUGCACAGACUGUGGCAGGGGGUUUACUCAGCGUCAUGGGCUCUUCCAGCACCGGCAGAGGCACGCCAACGGCAGUUGCAAGGAGAAACCCUUCGCGUGUGAGAAGUGCGGGAAGAGUUUCGCCCAAAAGAACCAUCUGACACUUCACGAAAGGCAACACAUGGACCUACCUCGAAAUGGAGUGAUGAAGAGUCAGAUACAGAAGGUGCCUCACCCAACGCCUGGCGAAAGUCAUUUGGAGGACCAGCAAAUGGAGUCGUCAUCGGCCGGCGAGGACAACCCGAGCUCACAAGGUGAAGAAGGAACGAUGGCCAAUUCAUUGAUGCUUCGACAGAAUCAUCGGGAUCACCAACGGGUGGAAAUUAUGAGCAGACAUUCAGCAGACUCUUCGAGUAACGGUAAUCAACGGACCACUCAAGAAGAGAAUAAAGAAAUUCAACGAGCGUUAGCCAACUCGUUGAUGUUACCACAGAACCAUACUGAUCACAGAAUGGAAAUGUUAAAUAGGCACGCUGAACCUACGAGUGAAAGUAGCCAACGGACUACUCAAAGCGAAAAUCGGAAAGAUAUCGAACGAUCAAUGGCCAAUUCUAUUAUGCUUCAACAAAACCACCAGGAUCGGCAACGAGUUGAUCUAAUCAACAGGCAUACAUCAGAAUCUCAGAGAUCAUUGAAUGCUCCGGUUCCCCUUGUACGGAUGCACAAUAGGGUAUCACAGAAUAGCAGUAUGCAGCAGGAUAGUUCUGAGCGUCCCAUAUUACCUUCUCACCAUCACCAUUUGGGUGCCUCCACUCCCCCCUCGGACCAGACCAUAUCCUGCCUGCAUCCUGUGGGCAACAAACAGUAUUAGUGAGGUUUGUGCAUGUUAUUAUAAUUUUAAGUUGGCAAUUGGUUCUUAACCUUUUAACCCGAUAGAUUUAUAAUGUUGUGCUCUUUAAAAAGUGAGUUUUUUUCUAAUUUUGUUGUAAUUGGUGUAGUUGAACAAAACUAGCACAGGAAACCAAAAAGUACAUUUUGUAUGACCACUCUUCAAUAUACACAAAAAAUAUAAAUAUAAAAUGUAUCCAUGAGUUAUGAAAAAUGGAUACAUGCUUACUAACUGCCUGUGAGGUGAAUGAAGAAACAGGAGGUAAUUGAUUGUGUAGGAAGGUUCACUCUUGGGACUAGCAACCUUACAAUAAAAAUUAAGUUGAAAAGGAAUACUCUUAAAUCAAAACACUGCAACAGUAAUUAACUUUUUCCUCAGUUGACAUAUUUGAAGGUUUCUUACUUUUGAUAGUGAAACAGUUGGGACAUUGUCCUCUGUUUUCGAUAUUGGCGCUAUGUUAAAACUGAUAUCUUAAACUAAGAUAGGGUUGAAACAUAUAUCAUACAAAUGGUGAUGGAUCAUUGCUUACUCCUCAUAGUCUGCACAGGUCUCUUUUAGUUUCUUUACUCACCUCUGAGCAAGUAUCAUUCAAAAACAUUUGUGAUAAUUAUUAUUUUUAAUUACUGUAUAUAAUUUGAAGCUUUAAUUUAAUGUAAAUUGUUUGUCGUGUAUGUUUUGUUAAAAGAUUUAGAUUGUAAGGGUCUUAAUUGUACAAAGUUUAUUUGAUGUACAAAUCUACAACGGCUGUCUAGAAAAUAACUUCCUUUAUUCAUUAAAAAUACAAAAAAAUUGUUUUAUAGACAAAUAACGUCAAAACAUCUAACAUUUUACUGCUGUUGGCUUGAAGAUAAUUUGGAAGAAAGAUGUGGCAUAGAUACAACAUGUAAUUGAAACUAAUUAUAAUUGCAUUGUUUGUAAUUUUAGUGAUACUAGUAAGAGAAACGUGCAGUGUCAGGAUAGAAUCACUGGCAGAACAUAAAGCAGUCAAACUGGGCAUAAUCAGCAAAACAUGUUACUUUGGUAUAAACAUCUAGAAGUUUGGGUAAAGUACCCCACUUACUACUCCAGCCACAUCUAGAAAUAGCAGUCGUUUAUCUGUUAGCACACCAGCAGUUGCCAUAGAUGCUCAGAGUCAAAAUAUAGUAAUCGCAACUGAAAUCCAACGUAAUUGAAAUUAUGGAUGAACUUGGUAAAUCCAGACUUCAGGCAUAGGUGAAAAAGAGUAUAAAAUAAGGUCUUAAGCUAAAUCAGUAUCCAAGAAAAGGCAAUUUCCAAGAUUUGAGUCAGAUCCUGAAAAAGCAUUAAGGUAGAGCUUAUUAUGUUGUCACUUACGAGGAACGUUUGAUUGGGUUCUUGAACACAGAUUGGUUUAAGUCCUUUAGUCCUCAUAGGCUGCCUGUUUGCAACAAGGCUGUGUCAUUAGGAAAUAUGUGCUUUUUGUACAGUUAAAAAUCCCUGCUGAAAUCCACCACAGUUGAAAACUAUGGAUUAACUUAGUAUAUCCAACUUUCCCGAGGAGGUUGUGGCAGCGUGUCAAUUUUGAAGGCGGCGUGACAUGUUGUAAAAUAUGUGGUAGUGACCCACUCUUGUUUAGCCACCCAUCAAAAGUCGACUUACUAAGGCACUGCAGAAGUGGACAGCAGGAUCAAUAUGUACUCCCACUACCAGUAGUUGCAGAACGACCUUAUAGCGUGUUGAACAUGCCUAAAUGAGUAUAAAAUAAGGUUUAUAGGUAAAUCAAUAUCCAAGUAGAGAAAAUUUCCAGGAUUUGAGUCAAAUCCAGAAAGAGCUUUACGUUGCCACUGUUGACGAACAUUUGUCUAAGGCCUAGGACAUAAAUUGGUGACACCCUUACACUCUUAUAUGCUGAGUCAUUAGGAAAUAUGUGCUUUUUGUACAGUUAAAAAUCCCUGCUGAAAUCCACCACAGUUGAAAACUAUGGAUUAACUUAGUAUAUCCAACUUUCCCGAGGAGGUUGUGGCAGCGUGUCAAUUUUGAAGGCGGCGUGACAUGUUGUAAAAUAUGUGGUAGUGACCCACUCUUGUUUAGCCACCCAUCAAAAGUCGACUUACUAAGGCACUGCAGGUGGACAGCAGGAUCAAUAUGUACUCCCACUACCUGUAGUUGCAGAAGGACCUUAUAGCAUGUUGAAGAUGCCUAAAUGAGUAUAAAAUAAGGUUUAUAGGUAAAUCAAUAUCCAAGUAGAGAAAAUUUCCAGGAUUUGAGUCAAAUCCUGAAAGAGCUUUACGUUGCCAUUGUUGACGAACAUUUGUCUAAGGGGACAUAGAUUUGUCCUGGGACGUUGAUUGGUGACAACCUUACACCCUCAUAGGCUGCCUGUUUGCAACAAGGCUGUGUCAUUAGGAAAUAUGUUCUUUUUGUACAGUUAAAAAUCCCUGUUGAAAUCCACUACAGUUGAAAACUACGGAUUAACUUAGUAUAUCCAACUUUCCUGAGGAGGUUGUGGCAGCGUGUCAAUUUGGAAGGCGGCGUGACAUGUUGUAAAAUGUGUGGUAGUGACCCACUCUUGUUUAGCCACCCAUCAAGAAUUGACUUACUAAGGCACUGCAGGUGGACAAUAGGGUCAAUAUGUACUCCCAAUACCUGUUCUUGCAGACAGAAAUUAUGGCGGAUCAAAGAUGCCAAAAAGAGUAUAAACUAAGGUCUCAGUCUAAAUCAGUGUCCAAGAUGUGGCAAUUUCCAGGAUUUGAGUCAGAUCCUGAAUGAGAUAUAAGGUAGAGCUUAUUACGUUGUUACUUUAGUGGAACACUUGUGUAAGGUCUGCGACACAGAUUGGUGGCAUCCUUACAUCCUCAAAGGCUGCCUGUUUGCAAAAAGGCUGUGUUACUGAGAAAUACAUGUUUUCGUACAAUUAAAACACUGUUCUUGCGAUUGGAUCUAUUAUGUUCUGAACACUCUUUGGUAGUUUGAAAACCGUAGUUCCCAGCCAUGAUAGGCAACUUGGAAUAUUUGAACUUCCAGUUACAAUGAGUGGUGGUGAUGACUUCUUAGGGGGGGGGGGGGGAGGACUUCAUGAUGAAGUCUGAAUCAGCUACAAGUAGCAAGGUCUUAACAUCCGGCAGCAUUCCUCCUAUGUUUUGGUGAAUGUGAAGGAAAGUCAAAGGAACUACGGAGAUGUUAGCAAUCCUUUACCUGGAACAGACUUCUACAUUUUCCUUUUGAUUUACAUAUAUUUUGAUUCUGGCUUUCCUUCACAUUUAGCAAACGUCAGAAAAAUCCUUGCCAGAUGUUGAGCCUGUCAAGAAGUGAUGGAGAAUCGUUUUGAGCCAUAGCCUGCGCUUCAUACCAAACAGUGGAGUAUUAAAUGAAAAUAACUGUGAUGUUUAGCAAACUGUUGAAUAAUGCCAUUGAUGACAUGUGCUCAAAUAGGAUACACAACAGACUAGUGUAGCCCAUACUUCACUGCUAUCUCAACUGCAAUGUGAAUAGAAGUUAAUUUCUAGAAAGCUCCUGUACUGUAAGAUAACAAAAAAAGGAAGUGACAUAUUUACUUUUUCAUUGUUUACAAUUGUGUUUAAUUAUUUAAAUUGUACAAAAAUUUAAGAAACAAACUUUUUGCUUAAAAUAGUUAUUUUUAUAUUUUUUUUUAUCGUGCUGCCAUACUAUUUUGUUAUAGUCAGUUUCAAUGUUUAUAAUUUUUACAUGACUAAUUUAGUGUUUUAUAUUUGAGAUCUUUUAGAUUAGUAUGUAAUCUCAAUCAAAAUAAAUUAUUACACAUGUGUGUGCCACAUAUAUAUCAGUUAAAUUUUAACAGGAAAUGGCCAUGUGGAAGUUUUAUAUACAUAUAUAUAUAUAUAUUUUGUUAAGAUUUUUAUAUGAUUAUUAUUUAUUUAGUGAAUGUAUUGUAACCCUUAUUAAUACUUUUGUAUUUUUUGUUCACUAUCUUGUGUUUAAUAAUGAAGGUUUUAUUCAGUAUUAAGCUCAUGCAAUGUGUUUAAAAUUAAUGUUUUUACAAUUUUAUGAAAUUAUUGAAAAGAAUACAAGUUGAUCUUUUUGAAUUAAAUGAUCAAGAAUUUUAUAAGUUUUUUUAUAAAACAAUUCUAUCAAUACUAAUUACUUUAAUUUUAGCCCUGAUAUAUUGGUUAGUUAAAUAUCUUAGAUAAAGAAACUAAUAACGUAAUUUAAUGAUGUAAUGUAACUGAAUAAGGACCUCAAAAUAUAAAAGCAAGAAUAUUUUGAAGAAUAAAAGUUGUUGAAAAUCACAGACGGUUUAGCACUUUGUUUCUUAUAAAUCGUAACAAACAAUUAUAAAUAAUUAUAUCAGCUGCAUUGUGAUUGUAUUUAUGUCAACCAAUAAAAAGUAAUCAAUGUUACCAAACGUUGGUAUCACACUUUCAGUUACAGUUUGUUACAAAGUGUUGUUGCAUUUGUACAAAAUCCAGUGUUAAUCAGAAGCCUUAUCUCUCCUUAACCCUUCUCAAAGAAUUAUUCAGGAUACACCUGAAGAAUUACUGCCUAAAGGUUGGCAUGGGGGAUAGACGGUUUAUUGAGCUUCUGCAUAACUGAGCAUUAUAUAAGUUAAUACUACAUCAUGCUAAAUGCAGUGUCAUCCUUUGAAUGACUUCUCUAAUACGAGGGUAAAUCAAAAAAUUGCAAGACUGGUCUUAAAUAAUUUAUUUAUAUAGUUUCAGUAUUGUUUUGAGGAAUUCUCAGUAAAUCUUUCUCUGGCCGCUUAAUUAAUGUAAUGCAUUUCAUCACCUCCAGUGGUUUUUCUUUAAUCUUAACAACCGAGUCAAAUAUAAGCACUUUCAAGAAUCUCCUCAGUUUUAUAAAUAUGAGAAAACCUCUGGAGCCAUGUCUGGUAGUCAUGGCAUUUUGUACAAUUAUUUAUCUUAACAUUGGAUUCGACUUGAUAAGCCUUUUAGGAUGUAGUUUUUCAGUUAAAACUUCUUGUCAUAACUAAAUGAAUAUUGCACUCCCCUUCCACUUAAAAAAAUCAAUGAUUUUUAUCCGAUAAAAGCUUUGUUCCGUUAAUAAGUUUGAGGGCAUCUGAAACAAAACGAUUUAUUGAUGAUGUACCCUUCUUAUAUCGCUCUUGAUAUUGCAUUCAAUUCUGACAUUCACCGCAAAAAGUUCCUAGCAAAGUUUAGCAAUAUUGCUCAAUUUCUUACAGAAUUUGCCACAAACAAUGUGAACUUGUCAAUCAGGAAGAACUUGUUUUGGUGGAACAUUUAAAACAAUUCAGUUUAGACAUAAUCUGAAAAAGCUUUUUGAUAACACGGACUUUAGCAAACAUGUUAAGAAAAUGUAAUACUGAGAGUAAACAAUACACAAUCAACUGAAAGUAGUUGUGGAACUAUCUGCUUGGAUUGCUAGGAUAUACUAACGAUGUGCGCAAACAAACAAACACAGCCAGUUAUCGACCCUGUUGCUAACAGUUUACUACAUACAAAUGAUUUAGCGUAGUAAACAAACAUGUUCCUGUUUGUUAUCUAUCACUUUUCUUUAUUAUUUUAGCCAUAUUAAUACAAUUGUGGGUAUUUUUGGAUAUAGUGUUGUCUCUAGAGUUACAGCUCUUAACGACUACAUUUUUUCUCACUAAUUUUUUAAAUAUAUUUAAAUUUAUAAAUGAUUACAGUAGACCCAAUAAUAUUCUACUUCAUUUCUCUGCUCUCUGAUUUCCGGAUGCAAGACAAAUUAUUGGCCUGGUUUACUGAUAAAUCCAUUGGAAAACAGAAAUUGCUCAAAUAUGAUUCUCCAGCGUAAAUAUAAGAAUUUGGUUAUGAAUGAAAACUAGUUGACUGGUGUAUGUUACACUGUGAUAAGUUAUGUUUUCCUGACUGAGAUAAAAAAAAUCAAUUAAGCAUGGUAGCUGCAUAAUUUUAAGCCAUCCAUAGUCUCUUGUCGGUUGGUACUUUAAAUUAAUUGCCAGAAAUAAACAUAUUUUUCAUAAGAAAUUUCAUACUCAACAAAAUUAGUGAUAAAAGUAUCUCUAACAUGAAUUGUCCAAUCUUAAAAUGUGCAAAGUUUGAAACAACAACAAGUUUGUUACCAAUUUCAUAAGAAUCAGGCCUGAUUUACAGAAAUGCAGUUCUUCGUGUGAACAUAGAACAAAUAUUUGUGGAUAAAAACCUUUUUGAUUUAGGAAGAAGUUAAAAAGAACUGUAGGGUUAUAAAAAACAAAAGCCAACAUUGUCAGGAGAAUGCGAAUAUUGUAGAGUGCAAAACGACUAUUUCCUUUGAAUAACAGAAUCUGAUUAGAUUGUCUUAGGAAUAUAGGUAGAAGUGCAAAAGGUUUAAGAGUUUUAUCGUAAUUAACUGGACUCGCUACCCAAAUUACCAGUUUGUUGCUCUGUUGCUGAGAAUCGAAGAUUCUCUUUAGCUAAUAUUGCAACUAUCAAAGUAUAUAAAUUACCACUAUUUAGAAAAUUUGGUAGAUAAGCUGUUUAUCAACAUUAAGCGUAAGUACUUUUAUUACCCAGCUGACUAACUAGCUAAAAAAAUUCCCACUGGUGGCUUGGUGUCUGUAUUCAAUUUUAAAAGUACUGUAUGUGGCAUGGAGGGGGCUUUGGUAUUCCACCUAAAUCUACCUUUUAAAAGGUAUUUUUUAUUUGAUUUCGUUUCAGUGUAAAAAUUGGUUUGUAGUUAGUCAACACCAGUUUUGCUAUGUUCCUUAAAUUCUAGUAUGUGCUGUGUUGGAUUUUUCGUAAACUUGUGUAAUGAACAUUCAACUGUAGUGUAAUUAUCUCAAAAGGUUAACUGGAGUUUCUUAUUUUUUUAAAAAUCAAUGGGAAAGAAAAUUAAUUGAUUUAUACAAAGUUGCACCAGUUGAAUAAUAAUUUGUUCCUAAAUGAAAUACACAUUGAUUGUGAAAGUAUACAAAGUGGUCUAAUUGAAUAAAUAAAAAUGCAGAUGCUGGACAUACCUUAUUGAUAUUAUAUAACUAGCCUAACUCGGUAUAGCAUAUACUGUAAAUUCUAUCUUGUACGUCUAUAUUUUAAAGUAUUUCUGAUGCAGUGUUGCUAUUAAUAACUUAUUAAUGGUGGUGUGGUUUGUAUUUAAAAAUACAGCUGUAUUGUAAAGCCAUCAGGAGCCAACAAAUGUUCUUUUUUUACUAAAAUACUGAAGGAGGGAGGCAUGACACAGGGGAGGGAAAAUGUACAAAGGCACAAGGGCACUGGAUACCUAAAUCCGUACUUGUAUAGAAGCACAGAAUGAUUGCAAAAUCACAGCACUGGUAAUAACUUAGGAGAAUAUUAUAUUUUUAUGCUUUUGCAUUCACCCCAGCACUCACAACAUGCUGGAACAUUUAUGUAUAAAAGAUGUACACUUAAAGUUAGAAUUAUAAAUUUAUGUGAAGUUCUGAUCUGUUGCUUUUGAAAUAAAUUUAUCAGUUUUGUUAUACACUUGUAUUUAUUUAUUUUAGUUAGUCCAUGUUGUUUUUAACUGUAAAUAAGAUUUUAUUUUCUGUAUGAAUUUUUUUAACACAGUAGAUCUCCUUUCUGUAGGAACAUUUAAAGAAUUGAUAUUUAAUAUCAACUUUCUUGACCGAUAAUCACACCAUGGUGCUGUAUAUAGUAACUUUUUUACAUCUGCAUUAGUAUUGCAAAAAUUACUGCCUCUGGAAGUGAUUCACGUUAUUUUUUUAAUGUGUUUAGUUUUAAGUAUUGUAAGGAGUGAUGUGUUUUGACGUCUUGUAUAUACAAUGCUUAUGUGAUCGUCAUGGUUGUAAUAAGAAGAGCACAAUGUGAAGUUAGAAGUUUUUGUUAAAUCAAAAUCUGCAAAUAAAUCUUCACCCUUACUCAUAGGCUUUAUCAGCAGGUGAUAAAAAGAGUUUCAUAUUUUAGCAUUAAUUAUUGUACAUAGUGCGAGGCUUAACGUAUUGUAUCUUUGUUGUAUAGAGGUACGUAUUUGACUUGAUGGCUAAUAAACAAGUUUUUUUUUAUAA